AAUAAUGUAUGAAAGAACAUAGAGAAGGGGUUAGUUAAGUUGAGUUCAUACAUUCUUUCAACAAAAAAAAAAAAAAAAAGGUCGAGUUCAUACAUAGAUUCAUUCCUUUCAUUUCGUUACUUGCUGUGAUCCGAACGAAACAAUCAUCAUAAUUUCGUUAUUGCAAUUAUCAAGUAUUAAAUGGCCUUUUUCAUUGUUACUACUCUGUGAAUGGAAGUGGUUGUUGAUACUUGGAUUUUACAAGUAUAUCAGAUAUUUUCUGUGAAUUAAGUGAAGAAAAAAACGCUCAAUGGUAAACCCGAAAGGGUCUAGUCAAUCAAAAAUAUGCUAUCGGCCUAUUCGACCGUCUGAUUUCGACGUUUUAGAGCGUAUUCAUGGUAGAUUAUUUCCCAUCAGGUAUGAAUCUGCCUUUUUCGAAGAUGUGGUAAACAGACGGGAUAUUGUGUCAUGGGGAGCAGUUGAUCUUAGUCGACCGAAUGGCCAAAGUGACGAACUUAUUGGAUUUGUAACAGCGCGGAUUGUUCUUGCAAAAGAAAGUGAGAUAGUGGAUUUGCUUGGAUAUGACUCGGCCAAAUCUGAUCAGACUUUAGUGUAUGUUCUAACACUGGGCGUAGUGGAAGCAUAUAGGAGCCUUGGAAUAGCUUCUUCUUUGAUACGGGAGGUCGUAAAAUAUGCUUCAAGCAUUCCAACGUGCCGAGCGGUUUACUUGCACGUGAUUUCUUUCAAUAUCUCAGCAAUCAAUUUAUACAAGAAAAUGUCUUUCAAGUGUGUUAGAAAGCUGCAGGGAUUUUAUUUUAUCAAUGGCCAACACUAUGACUCAUUUUUAUUCGUGCACUACGUAAAUGGGGGACGGUCUCCUUGCUCGCCAUUACAGCUUCUCUCCGCAUUUGUAAGCUACAUGAAGAGCGGCUUUAAGGCAGUGGCUGCCAAGCUGUGCAAGAACGAAGUUAGGAAGAUCUCAAGGUGGGAAAAGUGCAGAGAAAGCCAUUCUCUUGUCUCACUCUCAACAAUACCCAACAAAAGAAACAUGGCAGUCGAGUCUACUGGUUGUGAGUUUGUGUAAUUUUUUUCAUGUUAGUUUUCUUUUUCCUGUACUAUUCAAUCACACUUAUAAUUCUCACUAGAAAGGUGCCAAAAUUAUACUUACUGUAUGUAACUAUUCUGUCAGAAUAAACUUUGCAAUCCAGAGAUGACACCAAAAAUGUAGGCCACACACAUAUAAUGUAAAAGUAUUUAAACAAAUUAUUUUAGACCCUGAGUUGGCUCCCAUUCUUAUAGAAGAUAAUGCUGACAAUUAAGCGUGUGCAAUAAGAAUUUGUGAUUCUGUUGA